GUACACUAGUAGUAGAUUUCAUGAUAUACACAUAAUUUCAUAUGAAGAUGGCCGAUUUGAUCGCUAACGUUCGGUUGAUCGGUGAGGGGGAGCCGACGGUGGUGCUGGCGCACGGUUACGGCAUCGACCAGUCGGCUUGGGACCUCCUUCUGCCUCACCUCUCCCGGAGCCACCGCCUCCUGCUCUUCGACUGGAACUUCGCCGGCGCCGGCUCCGGCAUAGCCGACGCGGAUGAACAUGAAAGUGUAGAUACUGAUGAAGGCGGCCUGGACUUGUCGUCGUGGUCUUCGUUGUCGGCGUUGGCGGAGGCUGUGGUGGCGCUGAUGGAGAGGUUGCAGGUGCGAGGGGCGAUCUUGGUGGGGCACUCCAUGUCAGCCAUGAUCGGUUGCAUCGCUUCCACUCGAAAUCCUCGCCUCUUCUCUCAUCUCGUCCUCCUCUCCGCUUCGCCAAGAUAUUUGAACAGCGGUGACGGCUAUGAAGGUGGGUUUGAGAUCAGCAAUGUGGAGCAAUUACUCUCCCACAUCAAGUCUGACUUCCACUCAUGGAUCGAUAACUUCAUCCCCAUCGCCGUUGGCAUAACUGACGCAGCUGCCACAAUGGUGGACAAGUUAAAGGCAAGCUUCAGGAGCAUGAAGCCGGCGAUUGCAUACACCGUAGCGAGGACUGUUUUCCUGUGCGAUUUGAGAGACAUCGUCGACAAAGUGGAGACGCCGACGACCAUCAUCCAGACGAGCAAUGACUUCGUGGUGCCAGUCGCCGUGGGGCGAUACUUGCAAAGAAGGAUCAACAAAGGGAAAGCGACGCUGGAGAUCAUCGACGGCGACGGUCACUUCCCGCAGCUCGUCGCGGUACCAGAGUUGCUCCAGAUACUUGACAGAGUCCUCCAGCACGUUGUCUGAUGGUCGAUGAUGUUUUUGUCAAAUAUAAGCAUAGUUGAUGUUCCAUUGGUGGCACCAUAGUUGAUGUUCGAUGCAUGUUAUCCUAGUGUCUGUGUCUAGCAAAGUAUGUGUUUCAAUUUCAAAUUGAUAAAUGUGAACAAGA